CAGAAGCUCUUGACCCACUCGUCUGCAAACUCAAUCCCUCGAGCUACAUAGAGGCUGCGUGUAUAUCCAAUAGUCUCCCCACAGUAUUGACAUUUACUGACAAACCUCACAAAAUACCAUGGCCGACGCAAUCCUCGACCGCCUCACAGCGACGAAUAUCUUUGAUCUUCGGGGCGUCGUGGCGGUCGUCACCGGCGGAGGAACUGGUAUCGGACUGAUGAUCAGCACGACGCUCAUGGCGAACGGGGCGAAAGUGUAUAUCAUUGGGCCCAAGCAGGAGGACUUGGACCGCAUCGCGAAGGUGUAUAAUGAUGCUGCCGAGAAUAAAGCUGGAAAUUUUGGGAGGUUGAUCGGGUUGCAGGGGGAUGUAAGGUCGAAAGAGGAGGCUCUUCGUCUUGCGAAUGAGCUCAAGAAACGUGAAGGACAUGUUACCGUUCUGUUCAACAACGCAGGCAUCAUGGCCGGUCAAUUCAAACCUCCUACUUCCCCCACAGCCUCCGCCUACCUCAAAGCCUACUUCGACCCCGUCGAACCCUCCGACUUCACCGACUCCCUAGCAACAAACGCCGUCGGCCCCUACUGGCUCACCUUCGCCUUUCUCCCCCUCCUCGAGGCCUGGAAGGAUCAAGAAGGGGAAUUGGGCAAGAAGUUCGUCCCGCAGGUGAUCAUGACGAGCUCGAUGAACGGCUGGACGAAGGACCCCGCGACGAGUGGGAAUAGUUUUCCGUAUUUGUAUUCGAAGAGCGCGAUUGGACAUGCGACGGGGACUUUGGCGCAUGAGUUGUUGCCGUUGGGGAUUAGGGUUAAUGGGAUUGCGCCGGGUUUGUUCGUUACAGAGAUGUCCGCCCCAGGCGCGAUGGACGAGCUUGGCGUAUCGCACAACAGACGUACCGAACCUUGGGGCUGGGAAACGCCUUGUGUGCCGACUGGUGGGACGAACAGAGAUGUGGGCUCGUUGGCGUUGAUGCUCAUCGCGAAUCGGUUCAUUAACGGCGAGACGGUGUUGAUUGAUGGAGGGACUUUGCUCAAGCAUCCGUCUUCCUACUGAUCCUUUUGUGGAUAAUUUCUGCCUAGGUGUCUUAUCGUGUUAUAUGACGCCGUACCCUCUCUGUACGUUAAGGAGUAAGAAGAAAUCAAACCAUUGAAGUGCAAUCCAUGCCGACCCCGGCACUCGCAGAAUAUAUUCUCUAGUAAGAGGUAAAGAGUAGGCAUCCCGUUCUUUGUCGGGAUACCGAGCCCGGAUCAACCGCGGUAGUUUUUCUCACUGUGUCAAAAUCAACUUUCGAGGUCGGGAUUUUUAUUCCUUGGUUUGUUUCUUUGCAUUACUCUUUGACUACUCAGGAUACAUCCCCCGUUUUCUCAUCCAGAGCUACCUUAAUUUCACGUCCUGAAGACAUAACUUCCUGGGAGCCUACUACUAUCUCACACCAUCCAUGCCCGCCCGUGCAUCCGAUCAGUACACCCCCAACAC